AGGAUUGGCUGCCUCGUUUCAGUUACGGAACAUGAGUGGCUCUAAUUGGUGGGAGGUUUAGUCAUGUGCGCUACCCCUCCAAUCAACAGAGACGUUUUGUAAAGCGCUAAAGUUGUGCAGACAUUACUUUAUCAGUGGAUCUCAAACUAGUUGACAGUUUCGCGUUUCUAGUAAUUUUUGUUAUUUUAUUGAUACGGGUUUUACUUUUUAUCAAAAUGCCCGAGGACAGCGGCAAAGAGUUCACCAUGGUAACAUGCAGUGCGCCUGUGAAUAUUGCUGUUAUCAAAUACUGGGGGAAGAGGGAUGAAGAGUUGAUUCUACCUAUAAAUUCAUCUUUGAGUGUCACAUUACAUCAAGACCAGCUCAAGACGACCACAACAGUGGCGUGCAGCAGGUCGUUCCAGGAGGAUCGUAUCUGGCUCAACGGCAAAGAGGAGGACAUAACCCAGCCCAGACUACAGUCCUGCCUUAGGGAGAUUCGGUGCCUGGCCCGUAAGCGACGUAGUGAUGGGGAGGCUGAUGUAGACACGGCCGGUUUGUCCCAUAAAGUCCACAUCUGCUCUGUCAACAACUUCCCAACUGCAGCCGGACUUGCCUCUUCUGCUGCCGGCUAUGCCUGUCUGGUGUACACCCUGUCCCGGGUGAUGGGAGUGGAGGGGGAGUUGUCUGUGGUUUCUAGGCAGGGUUCAGGCAGUGCCUGUAGGAGUAUGUAUGGGGGCUUUGUCCAGUGGAUUAUGGGCCAGCAAGGAGAUGGCAAGGACAGUCUGUCCCAGCAGGUGGAACCAGAGACUCACUGGCCUGAGCUCAGGGUCCUUGUACUGGUGGUCAGUGCUGAGAGGAAACCAGUUGGCAGCACUUCUGGCAUGCAAACUAGUGUAGAGACGAGCAUUCUCCUGAAGCACCGGGCAGACUCUGUGGUCCCAGCCAGGAUGAAGGAGAUGAUUGAGGCUGUACAUAAGAGGGACUUUACUGCAUUCGCUGAACUGACCAUGAAGGACAGCAAUCAGUUCCAUGCCACCUGCCUGGACACCUACCCACCCAUCUUCUACCUCAACGAUGUGUCGCGCCGUGUUAUCAACCUUGUGCACCGCUAUAACCGUCACUACAGGGAAACAAAGGUGGCAUACACAUUUGAUGCAGGUCCCAAUGCAGUGAUCUACACUCUUCAGCAGAAUGUGGAAGAGUUUGUCCAGGUGGUCAAACACUUCUUCCCACCAGAGACCAAUGGAGGACAGUUUCUAAAGGGUCUUCCGGUUGCCCCAACAACAUUAUCUGAGGAGCUGAAGCAGGCCAUUGGUAUGGAGCCCAUGGUGAAGGGAAUCUGCUAUAUAAUCAGCACUAAGGCUGGACCUGGACCUCGUGUGGUGGAGGACCCUAGUGAGCAUCUGCUUGGAUCUGACGGGCUGCCCAAGGAGAGUGCAUGAUACAAGCCAGCCUCCCAGCUGGGCAGAGACAGAACUCUUUGAUGAAAAGAAAGACCAGACAUUAACAAUCAACAAUUCCAAUUCAAUCAAUUGGAUACAUAUGCAUAGAUGUAGUCAUAAAAGGGGCAAUCUGCAGUUGCUAUAUCCAUUUUUGGACUUAUAAAUGUAUUAUAUGUAACCAUUGAAGAAGAUAACUUAUAAAUGCUGCUUGAGUUUAGUUCAAUUGUCGUACCCCAUCAGAACUCAAAAUAUUAGCUUGUUUUACUACAAUGUUUGUAAACAAAGUAAAUGUAAACAAACAUUUAAAACAUGGUUAUAACUAUAAUUUUGACAUCAUGCAUGGUCAGUCCUUGCAUCCAUAGCGCUGUCUAUAAUUUUGAGAGUGGUUACAUUUCUCCAGCCCCAUCCCUCAGCUUUUUACCAAAACUAAGGAUUGCCCCUUUAACUGGAGCGAAACAACCACACACGGCUGAAUACCUCUAACACUGUUGACUAGUGCUACAUUCGGACACUUUUCCUAUUGCGAGUUUGGAUGAAAUGUUUUGUAAUGUUAAAGAGGGGCGGCAGGGUAGCCUAGUGGUUAGAGCGUUGGACUAGUAACCGGAAGGUUGCAAGUUCAAACCCCCGAGCUGACAAGGUACAAAUCUGUCGUUCUGCCCCUGAACAGGCAGUUAACCCACUGUUCCUAGGCCGUCAUUGAAAAUAAGAAUUUGUUCUUAACUGACUUGCCUGGUUAAAUAAAGGUAAAAAGAAAAGAAAAAAAGAAAAAAAAGAUGUAGCGAUGCCUUGUGAGAAUGAUCAGAAAUAUUCUAGUACUUUGAUAACUGUAAACUGUUGAUUUGAUUUAAGUAGAUUAUGUACAUGAUUAUGUCCAUGUUAUUAAAAUAUAAUGGUUAAGUCA